CUCUGGCGCGCUCCGGGAGAACAGCAUGUUUGCAGAUUGGCGACGGCUGCUGCUGUUGCGUGCUGAAGCCUACUGAGCAUCUGUGCCUUUAAAGACUCAUAAGUGCGCCUCUAUCCGAGCCCGCAGUCAACUUCCCUCAACUCCGACGCGCUCGGCGAGUAGAGUAGAGCUACCUUCACCAUAAAGGCACUGGCUCACCUUCACAGCUAGACCCAUGGAAUAAUAACUAUGGAAUACCACUGGAUACUGCUGUCUGUCUUUUUACAGUUAACCUUCCAUCCAGGCAACACCAAGCCCACUAUCACCCCCGCCGGCCCGCACAUUGUCAUCUCCCUCAACGCGCCCUUCGAGCUGCGUUGCCAGGGCGUAAAGGCGAUGCAGUGGCAGCGGGAGGAGCGGCCGAAGGUGCGGGGAGAGAAGAGGAUCGAUGGCAUGUCAACGCUGCACAUCCCCAGAGCUCAGCCCGUCCACAUGGGCCGCUACAUCUGCCUGGAGGAGAGCUCCAGCGAGAAGGCCUCCAUCUACGUCUACGUGAAAGAUCCCGACAAUCCUUUCAGAAAAUCGAUGGUUUUCAACAUCCUGAGUCGUGAGGGAGACACUGCUUCCAUCCCCUGCCUGGCAACCGAUCCAAGUCUGGACCACCUGCGCCUGGAAACGUGUUCCAGUGGAGCUCUGGCCUCUGGUCUCCAGUUUUCUGCAAGCCUGGAGCAAGGCAUCAUCAUCCACAACACACAAAAGGCCUACGAAGGCUGCUAUGUGUGCACAGGAAGACUCAGGGAAGAGUACGUCAGAUCGCAUGACUACUACCUGACGGUCAAACCAGUGCCCGUUGCUCCUCCUGUGAUUGAGAUGCAGGCACCCAAAAGAGUGAUUCUUAUCCGGGGUGAAAGUCUCUCCCUCACCUGCAACACCAGCAACGUCAACGGGGAAAUCAAGCUAAAGUGGGUCACCCCGCCUGGCUCGGGUGCCGUCUGGUAUCCACAGCAACCAGCAAAGGUUGACGGUGCUUCACGUAUCCUGACGGAGCACUUCACCCACGUGCGCAGCGCCACGUUGCACAUCGCAGCGGUCCGACCUGAAGACGCCGGGAGGUACCGAUGUGAAGCUGAGAAUGAAAAAGGGGUCAGCUCGCAGUCUGUGUGGCUCGAUGUUUAUGAGAAAGGAUUCAUCAACUUAACACCGGCAAGCAAUAGAACCAUCCAGGUGCGUUCAGGCGAGAGCUUCCCCUUAAAUGUCGACAUGGAGGCUUAUCCAAAGCCGCACACCUUCUCCUGGAGCUUCAUGGGCCACGAGCUGAGAAACACAACCGACCAUGUCAUCACCACACAAAACCAUGAAUACAGGUACAGCAGCGAGCUGAGGCUGGUGCGACUGAAAAUGUCAGAGGGUGGAGUUUACACCUUUCAAGCCUCCAACGGUGACGCAUCAGUAAACCACACAUUCACCAUCUUUGUGAUCAGUAAACCAGAGAUUGUAUCCCAUGAGGGCCCAGUUGAUGGACAGGUACGCUGUGUGGCGGAGGGGUUCCCUGCCCCUCGGAUCACCUGGUACUACUGUGAACAGCCCUAUGCCAGGUGCUCCCAACAGGUGAAUGCCACCCAGGAGGAGCAAAAUGUCAUCACAGUCACCCUGUUCAGCCCCAUGUUUGGGAAGACGGAGGUGGAGAGUCGGGUGAACAUCAGCAGGGGACGGUUCAGUACCCUGGAAUGUGUGGCUACGGUGGAGGGCGAGCAGGCCUACACACUCUUUUCCAUCAGCGAGAGAACUGUUCCCCAUGAUCUAUUCACCCCCCUGCUAAUUGGCUCCGUAUCAGCAGCAGGCAUCCUCUGUCUCGUCCUUAUCAUGCUGUUCUACAAGUACAUGCAGAAACCCAAAUACCAGAUUCAGUGGAAAGUUAUUGAGGGCAUCCAUGGAAACAACUAUGUGUACAUUGACCCCACCCAGCUGCCGUACGAUCACCAGUGGGAGUUUCCUCGAAACAACUUGCGUUUUGGGAAGACGCUGGGAUCUGGUGCAUUCGGAAAAGUGGUGGAAGCCACCGCAUACGGACUCUCCAAAGCUGAUUCAGUCAUGACGGUGGCUGUGAAAAUGCUGAAAUCAAGCGCUCACUCCACAGAGAAAGAAGCACUGAUGUCAGAGCUGAAAGUCCUCAGUUACUUGGGAAACCACAUGAAUAUUGUCAACCUGCUGGGAGCCUGCACUGUUGGAGGCCCCACGCUGGUGAUCACAGAGUACUGCUGCUUCGGAGACCUCCUUAACUUUCUACGCAGAAAGAGGGAAUCCUUCAUCUGCUACAAGCUCGAGGAAGACUGCUACUACCGCAACGUCAUGCCGCAAAGAGACGCAGCUGGCGACAGCUUGAACGGCUACAUGACCAUGAGGCCUUCUGCUGCUGGCAACCCGCCGCUCGGCUCAUCCUCCGAGAAGAGGCGCUCACUACGCAAAGGUGGCUCCUACGUCGAAGCGGAUGCAGAGAGUGAGAUGUUUGACGAGGACGGCCUGUCUCUAGACACCGAGGACCUUCUCAGCUUCUCGUACCAAGUGGCCAAAGGCAUGGAGUUCUUAGUCUCCAAAAAUUGCAUCCACAGAGACCUGGCUGCCAGAAACAUCCUCCUGACUCAAGGAAGAGUGGCAAAGAUCUGCGAUUUUGGCCUGGCCCGAGACAUCACCACAGACUCCAACUACGUAGUCAAAGGCAAUGCUCGUCUACCCGUAAAAUGGAUGUCUCCAGAAAGCAUCUUUGAGUGCGUGUACACGUUUGAGAGUGACGUGUGGUCCUAUGGCAUCUUGCUUUGGGAGAUCUUCUCACUGGGGAACAGUCCUUACCCUGGUAUGCCUGUGGAUGCCAAGUUCUACAAGCUGAUAAAAGAGGGAUACAGAAUGGAUGCUCCAGAAUUUGCACCCAGUGAAAUGUAUCAGAUAAUGAGGUCCUGUUGGGAUCCUGACCCCUUCAACAGACCCCCCUUCAGAAAGGUCGUGGAAAGGAUUGAACAACAGCUUUCAGAUGCCACCAAGCACAUUUACCUGAACUUUAGCUCCAGGCUUCCUGUGGCAUCCAGAGCCAGGGAGGAGCCCAGUUCUCAGAGCACGGCUUGUCACCAUCUCGACUCAGCCGGCAGUAACAGCCCUGCGACCCAGCCCUUACUGGUCCAGCAUGAGGUCUUCCUGGAGGGGACAACCCUCAGAGCCCAACGGGUGUAAGGACCCACCCAACCUGUCUGGCUGCCUCAUCAAGUGCCUUUAAUGUUCCGCCACCAACCACCCAACCACUACACCCGCCCACUGUCCCUGUACCAGCAACAUUUGUUGUAACGUGUUGCAGAAGAAUGGUAAUUGCCAUCUUUUACCAGAAAGAACAACAAAAGACAAAUGGCUUUUAUCAUUGGUAUCGCUAUUAUUGCCUGCUGAUUACAGGGAAGACAGUCGGACUAAUGCUCCCCUGCCCAUCGCAAAGAACUGUUCAGGCACCGGGGAGGAUGGAGGGACACCAACUGUUACUCUAAAACUGUCAUUAAGUACAUUAUUACGCUGUUAUUUUUUUUCUUUCUUUUAUUUUUUUUUGAGUCAAAUUUUUCCUACACAUUUCAUAAAAGGUUGUUUGGUUUGUUUUUUUUUAGCACUCCAUUUUGCAUUUUGUGUUUUGUUAUUCUUUGUUGCUCUUCUGUCCUGGAUAUUUAUGUAGCGUUCUUGUUUUGGUUGGCUGUUGCAAUUUGGAGGCAAAAAAAAAAAGCACUUGAGGCACUUGAACUUCACACCAUUACACACACCACACAAUGCAGCUUAUGUUACUUUUUACUCUUGUUUUGUCAGUAUUAU